GCUCACCGUGAAUUUGACAUUUCUCAAUUGAAAUGCUAACGCACCCAUGGUGGUAGGGACUAGGGAGAGAUUAGUUUAGUUUAUAGAAUAUAUAUUCUACACCUUGUAAACGAUAGAUUUUUUUUUUCCAAAGGCGGGGAAACCUCAACAUAGAGGCAAGUAGAAGAAGGAAGGGCCAAACAUGUGUUUCGUUGCUAGGGCUCAUAGAGACUAGUUCUCAAGGCAAGUGUUAUCGCGAUUGUGAAUAUGUGGAGGUUUAUGGCAAUUGUGAAGUCAAAAUCUCUUGUCCCAAUCUCAAGUUCUUAAAAUAUGAAGCUUCAAUGCCAAAGGACAUAAUCAUCAAGAAUCUGCUUUCAAUAGAAGAUGUUCAUAUCGUCUUUACCGAUACAAUCCGCUCAGUUGAAGACACUGGCAUAUUUGUGCAUAAGAUGAUCAAGGAGUUUCCUUCUACAUCAGUUUUGAAGCUAUGCACGUCUUCCAUUUCGGGUCUGUACGAAGCGACUAGCAAAGAAAGGCUCUCUCCCAUUUCCUUUUGUAAGCUGAAGUCCUUAAAGCUGGAAGUGGGAGUUGAUGAAGGUUUUAUGCAAGUUAUGAUAUUAUUGCUCAAGUUUUCUCCUAAUCUAGAGGGUCUAAAAUUGUGCUCUGAUGAGAAUGGAGGCUGGACUGAGAAUCGGCAGAUGCAUGAUCCUGAUGAAAGCCUUGCGUGUUUGGAGUCUCAUCUAAAGUCAAUUCAGUUGACUGGUUUCAAAGGUGAAGAAAACGAGAUAGAGCUACUAAGGUUUUUUCUGAAGCAUGCACGAGUGUUGGAAAAACUGAUGAUAGUCUGGGAAGAGGGCGCUUAUAAAUCAGAAGAGGCAUCAGAGAAGGGUCUGUACCAUGUGGCUCGCACUGUAAGACUCUCUCCGGUCUCUUUUUAUAAGCUGAAGUCCUUAAAGCUGGAAGUUGUAAUUCAUGAAGAGUCAAUGCAAGUUAUGAUACUAUUGCUCAAGUAUUCUACUAAUAUGGAGGUUCUCAAAUUGUGGUCUGAUGAGAAUGUAGAUGAGAGUGUGAAUUGGCAGCUGCUUGAUCUCGAUGAAAGCAUUGUGUGCCUGGAAUCUCAUCUAAAGUAAUUCAGUUGACUGGUUUCAAAGGUGAAGAAAACGAGAUAGAAUUACUAAAGUUUUUCCUGACGAAUGCACGAGUGUUGGAAAAACUGAUGAUUGUCUGGGAAAUGGACACGUAUAAGUCAGAAGAGGCAUUAGAGGAGGUU